AUGUGCUUUCGAGAUGUGGCAAAACUUACUGACCUGCCGGUCGAGAUCCUGCAAAAGAUCUUUUCCGAGCUCAUCGUAUGGGCUUCCCAGACCAAUGCCUAUCUUCGCCCGGCACAACUGAUGAGAAGCGAUUGUCUGCGCGCGCUGGCAUCCCUCUCGCAAACAAGUCGAUUUCUGCAUCACGCGGUUGAGCCUUUUCUCAACAAACAUAUCAAGCUUUGUCACCGUUCUGGAACCAGACGAGCCAUCGCCUUACUCCGGCACUGGCAUCGUCAUCCCGCAGCCGCGGCGAGCUUACGGACGUUGACGACUUGCGGGAUGAAGACCAUCGAUGACAACGACCCCAAACCCUUGGCGGGUGAAGAUGCGGCCUUUUUGGACGGCCUUCUUCGCAGAUACGGUCUUCAAGUUCCCGACAGGUGGCUCGACACUACGGCCUGUGUCUCAAUGCUGAUAGGAAUGGUGCUGCUGCACGCCCGCAAUAUUCGAGCGCUGGACCUGAACGACGACCUCAAACACUUUACGGCUCUGCUUCCCAAGAACGUUGUUGCCGCAAUACGCUUCGACUUACUCACAAGCCUUCGGGUGCGCCAGUUCGACCCUACGCCUCUGGAAAACAUCUUGCCUCUCCUUCGGCUGGCACCCAACCUCAUUACUGUCGAUCUCUACCAGCCCGAGGGGGGUUUGGGCGACGGAGAGGUUGAUUGGGGCAACAUUCACCACCUCACCCUGCGCGGAUCUCUCUUGCCGGUCGACCAACUCAUCCGAAUCAUCAAGGCUUGCAGAAACCUGAGGCUCUUUCAUUACGAGUCGAACAACGUAUUCGUAGACCAAGCUGUGAUCCGGGCUCUGUUGCAUCACACUAGUACCCUCAGCUCGCUCCAGCUUGUGCUGGGGGGGAGACACACCAUCAUGCAUGAAAAUGCUGAUAUCUACCCCGACGCCAUGGCACUGCCGUCAGUUUCCCGGUUCUCGGAGCUCCGCUCGCUCUGCUUGUCGGAAAGGUACAUGGGCUCGGACUCGCGCUGCGUUCUGAGUUCGUUGCCUAGUGCUCUUGAGAAGUUGACGGUAGACGAUGACAUGGAUGCGCUGCGUGAAGUGGGCACGGCUGGAUUUGAGGCGCUGGCGGGUCGGUUCAGAAACGGGGAAUACCCUCAGCUUAGGGAGGUGACACUGGGUACGUUUUUCAGGGCGGAAGAGCACCACUAUAUUAUCCGGAAGAUUCUUACAGAUGUUGGCCUCUUGUGCCAUGUGAAAUAG